AUGUUUGGCCGCCUGGUGAUGGGUGUAGUGACUGCCGGGACACUGCAGCUGACUGGCAUCAACGCCGUGAUGAACUACGCCCCGACGAUCAUGAGCAGCUUGGGGAUGGAGGCUCUUGUGGGUAACUUCGUGGUGAUGUUUUGGAACUUCGUGACGUCUCUGGUGGCGAUCCCACUCGCCUCGUUCUUCACGAUGCGGCAGCUGUUCCUUGGUGCCUCNACAGAUGUUUGGCCGCCUGGUGAUGGGUGUAGUGACUGCCGGGACACUGCAGCUGACUGGCAUCAACGCCGUGAUGAACUACGCCCCGACGAUCAUGAGAAGAUUGGGGAUGGAGGCUCUUGUGGGUAA